AUGUUCUUUCCCCAAUUCCACCAAAAAAAUUCUGUUUGGUUGAUCAGCACUGGAACGCCGCAGGUUUUACGCGGGGUUAUCUUGAAUCUGGGGAAGAUUUGGGAGAGGAUGUCUAAUCUUGCCAACAUGUUUGCUGUCCUUGACCUGGAUGGCGAGGACGAUCGAAAGGAAGUGGAACAACCGACAUCCAGCAAGCCAGAAGCCGCCGCCGCCGCCGCCGCCGCCGCCGCCGCCGCCGCCGCCGCCGCCAGGAAACUCGAUAGUGGCAUGACGAAUAACAAAAUGAUUGUAAAUUAUGAUGGGGAUAAACUUGGUUCAUCGUCAAGUGAAUACAAGAUGCCAUUGGUGUGGAUUGACUUGGAAAUGACCGGUUUGGAUAUCAGAAAAGACCGCAUACUGGAGAUUGCUUGUAUUAUAACAGAUGGUAAACUUACCAAACGGAUAGAGGGUCCUGAUUUGGUUAUAAGACAGAGCAAGGAAUGCUUAGACAACAUGAAUGAUUGGUGUAAAACCCAUCAUGGUGCCAGUGGACUGACAGAACAAGUACUGCAGAGUGACAUUUCUGAGUGUGAUGCUGAGAAACAGGUGCUAGACUUUGUUAGGAGGUAUAUUGGUUCGGCGACUCCAUUGAUUGCUGGGAAUUCUAUCUAUACAGAUUUACUAUUUUUGAAGGAGUACAUGCCACAGCUUGCAGGCAUAUUCCCUCAUGUGAUAGUUGAUGUGAGCAGCAUAACGGCUCUGUGCAUCCGCUGGUUCCCAAAGGAAAGGAAGCAAGCUCCAAGAAAGGAGAAAAACCACAGGGCACUGGACGACAUCAGAGAGAGCAUCAUGGAGCUGCAGUACUACAAGGAGAACAUCUUCAAAUCGCGGCAAUCUAAGCAUUAG